GAUGAGAAACUAAUUUUUUUUAUAGAAAGAAUCAUUUAUGGUAAUUCAGCUGAUUGCUAUUUUAUGUCUAAACGAGUUCAAAUAUGUUUCAUUACAUUUAUGGUACCUUUUAAUAAAAAUUAUCAGACAUGCGCAGAUCUGACCUAAUUUCUUUGAAAAAGAAAUGUAAUAAGAAACUGUCAGUGUGUAACAUUGUCUUUGGCACGUUUACCGAGUUUGGUGUUAUAUUCCAUUUAGAAAAACUGAAAAUUGAGAAAUUUGUAAUUCAUUCUAACAUCUUUGAAUAUCUCUACUAUUUGUUUGAUGUAGAAAGAUCGACAAAUACGUUGUACGUUGUAACAAAUAGUCACGUGUCUGGAAUUUCUGUCGGAAUUAAUUAUAAUAUUAAUUAUACGAUAAUCAUUUCCAACAUUUCGAAAUACAUUACACAUCUUACUGUUAGAGGUAAAUCUAACAAAAUAUCAACAAUUAUGUGCAGUUUACAUCUUGGACCUGAUUCUCAGAAACCAGCAGAAGUAAAAGGACAAGUUCGUUUAUAUGGUAUGAAAUUUUGUCCUUUUACACACAGAAUUCGAUUAAUACUUUCUUAUAAAAACAUUCCACAUGAUACUAUUAAUAUCAACAUAAGAAAUAAACCAAAGUGGUAUUUGGAGAUUCAUCCAGAGGGUAAGGUCCCAGCACUUGUUGAUGCUGAUGAUAAAGUAAUUGUUGAUUCAUUAGUAAUAGCGAAUUAUUUGGAUGAAAAAUAUGCUCAGCCUCCUUUGUAUCAUGAAAAAACCAAAGAUCGUGAUUUAGAACUGUUGGAUCACUAUUCCAAGCUUGUCAGUAUUUUCUCAAACUGUAUUCAUGGUAAUGAUAGCAGACCACUCAGUGAAAUUGUUGCUGAAAUUUCAUCUUUACUAGUAGAAUUUGAAGAAGAGCUUAAGGCUCGUGGAACUGUAUAUUUUGGAGGAGCACAGCCUGGUAUGUUAGAUAUACUUAUGUGGCCAUGGGUUGAACGACGAAAAUCUCUAUCCCUUAUUUAUGAUGAACCUACAAAUUUUAAUGAUGGAAAUUUCUCUCACUUAAUGAAAUGGAUGCAAGAAAUGAAGGCACAACCAUUUGUACAGGAAAAUGAAUGUUCAUAUGAAAAGUUUGCCCAAUUAGUCAAAGAUUUGAAAACGGGAAACGUUGAUUUCGAUAAACUUUAGAUUAGAAUAUUUAUAUAUAUAUAAUCUUUAUAUAUAACAUGCACUUGUGUGCAUUAUGUUGAUACAUAAUAAUUUAGGUUUUGAAAAUAUAAUUAUACACAAAUUUAAAAUAUCA